GGGGGGCGGGGUUAGAGGCACGUUUAUAACUGGUAUGACAGGGCAGUAGGACACAGCUCGUGUGCCUGUGGGUGUUUGUGUGUGUGUGUGCUUAGGGAACAGGAGGAAAGUUCACCAUGGUUGUAGUUAUCGAGAAUCUGGAUCACUUCCAGGCAACCCUGAAAAGUGCAGGGAAUAAAUUGGUGGUUGUGGACUUUACUGCCACAUGGUGCGGUCCCUGCAAAAUGAUUGGCCCCAUUUUUAAAGCUUUGUCCGAACAGCCAGAAAAUAAGGAUGUGAUUUUUCUGAAGGUGGAUGUGGACGAUGCAGCGGAUGUAUCUGCUCAUUGUGAAAUCCAGUGCAUGCCGACAUUCCACUUCUACAAAAAUGAGAAAAAGAUUGAUCAUUUUUCUGGGGCCAACAAAGAGCAACUGGAACAGAAGAUCCAACAACAUCGAUGAAUGCACACACAUGCACACAGCAUAUAGAUACUAGGUUUAACUCUUUAAUGUAGAAAGCUCUACUGCAACCUUAUAAUUAAACAUAACUUUGACAGAAUUCUGGACUUUUUUUUUUACUUGUUGGCCAUAUGGCCAUAUGUUGUUAAAUAUUUUUAAAUAUGAUGAAUUCAAUAAAUUUAAAGAAAUGACUUAAACAACCCUAA